UGAAUCAUUGAUCCGCUGGGUAUGCUCUCUCAUCUCACACUGUGACAUGGUACUUUAACAUUACCUGGGAAAAAAACGAGGGAUUUUCACAUUUGGACAUGGAGACUCCGAGGGAGCCUGCUGGUUUUAGCAAAGAGGGGCUGAAGCAACUUGCGGGGAAGACACUGGGGCACGUGUACAGGGUGAUAGAAAAGCGGCAAAAACCUGGUGAGAACAUUGAACUGACCGAGGAUGGACGGCCUGCCCAGAUCAACGAGAGAAAAGCACCUUUGUGCGACUGUACUUGCUUCGGACUUCCGCGCCGCUACAUCAUCGCCAUAAUGAGCGGCCUCGGUUUCUGUAUCUCCUUCGGUAUUCGGUGCAACUUAGGCGUGGCCAUAGUGAGCAUGGUGAACAACAGCACCAUUCACCUGAACGGAAAGAUCAUCAUCAAAGAGAAAGCAAAGUUUAACUGGGAUCCGGAAACAGUUGGAUUGAUUCAUGGCUCGUUUUUCUGGGGUUAUAUAGUGACGCAAAUUCCCGGAGGAUACAUUUCUUCAAGACUGGCGGCAAACAGGGUUUUUGGCGCGGCGAUUCUCCUCACGUCCACACUGAAUAUGUUCAUCCCCUCAGCUGCACGUGGUCACUAUGGUUGCGUCAUAUUCGUCAGGAUAUUACAAGGGCUUGUAGAGGGUGUAACUUACCCAGCCUGUCAUGGGAUCUGGAGUAAGUGGGCCCCUCCACUGGAAAGAAGUCGUCUGGCCACAACCUCCUUCUGUGGUUCCUAUGCUGGGGCUGUCAUUGCCAUGCCUCUGGCUGGGAUCCUGGUGCAGUACACGGGCUGGUCUUCUGUUUUCUAUGUCUAUGGCUGCUUUGGGAUUUUCUGGUACAUGUUCUGGAUCUUGGUGUCAUAUGAGAGCCCGGCUGAACACCCCACCAUCACAGCUGAGGAACGCUGCUACAUUGAGGAGAGUAUCGGAGAGAGUGCUAAGCUGCUAGGACCUGCAGAUAAAUUUAAGACACCUUGGAGGAAGUUUUUCACAUCCAUGCCCGUCUAUGCAAUCAUCGUUGCCAACUUCUGCAGGAGUUGGACCUUCUACUUGCUGCUCAUCAGCCAGCCCGCAUACUUCGAGGAGGUGUUUGGCUUUGAGAUUAGCAAGGUUGGCAUGUUGUCAGCUCUGCCCCAUCUGGUGAUGACCAUUAUUGUGCCCAUUGGGGGACAGCUAGCCGAUCACCUUCGCAGCAAAAACAUCCUGUCUACAACUACGGUUCGAAAGAUCAUGAACUGCGGAGGUUUUGGGAUGGAGGCCACUCUGUUGUUGAUUGUUGGUUAUUCACACAGUAAAGGAGUGGCUAUUUCAUUUCUAGUGUUGGCUGUCGGCUUCAGUGGAUUUGCAAUAUCAGGUUUCAACGUUAAUCAUUUAGACAUUGCUCCUCGCUAUGCCAGUAUCCUCAUGGGCAUCUCUAAUGGAGUGGGUACCCUGUCAGGAAUGGUGUGUCCUCUUAUUGUCGGAGCCAUGACUAAACACAAGACCCGAGAAGAGUGGCAGUAUGUGUUUCUUAUCGCUUCUCUGGUGCACUAUGGUGGUGUAAUCUUCUAUGGCAUCUUCGCCUCUGGGGAGAAGCAGCCGUGGGCAGACCCAGAGCUGACCAGUGAUGAGAAGUGCGGCUUCAUUGAUGAAGACGAGCUGGCGGAGGAGACAGGCGACAUCACCCAGAGCUACGGUGCCCUCGGAGCUCCAGCCAAGAGUUACGGUGCCACCACACAGCUGAACGGAGGAUGGGCUGAAGGAUGGGAUAAACGAGAGGAGUAUGUGCAGGACGGGGUGGAGGAAGGGGGUUAUGGAUACAGGCAGGGUGGAAAUUAUUCCUAGGUCUUGAGAAGACACAAUAUAUGACAAAGACACA